CAGCUCUACUUGUUUUCCUUAAACUGACAGGGAAUCCAACUAACUAAUCCAAGAGUUAAUCGAUUCGCCACAAAGUCACGUCAACAAAUAAACUCUCGCGGUGUUUGGCUACAUCCAGUCACGUGGGCCGAGUACGGCGGCGCCGGCGCGUUGGAGCGCUGGAGUCAAUAGGAAAGCCUCAUGUGACGUAGGGCUAUAUACGGCGGCGCGUUAGGGUCGGAGGGUUGUGCGUUGCAAGGUGGUUGCUCGCUGGUGACAAGACAGUGGCACAAAAUCCCAUCAGGGGCCAGAAUUGGAACUUGAUUGUCCUGCACAGAGCCCCGACCUCAACCCAGCUGGACAUAUAUGACCCAGAUGCUGUACAGUCAGAAUCUCCUAUUGAUCUUCUAUUCUCGCUUCCAAAUGGCUGCCUUGUUGCAAACAAGCCGAAGCAACUAGAUAGCAGCAAAAAUGGAUAUUGAACGUUCAGCAAAAUCUUUACCAAAUGGGAAUUUAAAGAUUGUGGCAGUGGCUUGUCACCCUGAUAAUGUAAUCAUCAAAUUUCAAGGAAAAUACAACUCGGGAAAUGAAUUUGAUUACCAUGUCUUGCAAAAUGAAAUCCAACUUGUCCCAAAAGUGCAAGGUGACAUUGGUAAUUGGGAAUUCUGUUUAGUACAAGACAAAGCAUUUGGAGUGUGGCAAAGAGGAAAAGUUUUGAAUAAAAUAAAUGAAAAAUAUGAAGUAUUUUUGAUAGAUCACGGAAAUACAGUAAAUGUGGAUUCCACUCAAAUAGCAUCAGCUUCUAAGGAACUUUUUUCACUCGGUCCAAGAGCAGUGAAUGGAAUUUUUUCUGGUAUACUUCCUGUGAAGGAAAAGUGGACCCCAAAAGCAGUAAACUAUUUCUCAUCAUUGGUAGGACUUCAGGUGGAAGGACAUGACCAAGCAGUCUUGCCGGGUCAGGUUACAAUUGUUGAAGUGCCAACCAUUGUCAUUAGUGCUGUGGAGUUAAACCUGGCAAGGUACAUUGAUUCUACGACAUUCUGUCUUCUUGCUGAGGUUUUACACAAAUGUCCCUUAAAUUACCAAUGCAAACAAUUGCCAGACUUGUUACAGCAAAAGACCUUGUAUUCGAGUUCUUCUCAAAGUCUACAUGAUGAUCUUCACAUUUCUCAAAAGAUUCUGGAUCAUCUUCGACCAGAUAUAGUAGUAGGAACAACUGAAAAAAUUAAAAUAUCAGCUGCUGUAAGCUACAGUAGGUUCUAUUGUCAUUUAUUGUCAUGGGAAGAAGAGCUAAAUAAUUUGACUACUUUGAUGUUUUCUCAUUAUGAGACCAUUACGAUUCAAAAAAAAUCCAUACUGGACCAUUUUGGAGUUCUUUGUGCUGCUAAAAGAAAAGAUGGUCUGUGGCAUAGAGGCAUAAUAGAAACUUUUCUUUCUGGUGAUAAAGUACAAAUCUGGUUUAUAGAUAUCGGGUGUAGAGAAACAAUAUCUUCUUCCUUUGUUCAAAAGUUAAAACCAGAGUUCCUUACUUUACCCAUGAUGGCUAUUCCUUGCUCUUUAAAACGUAUGACUGACCAUGCAGAUUAUGCAACAAAUAUUCAGUUGACACCCUUCAAGCAGUUCUUGUUAGGAAAUACUGUUAUUGCUACAUUUGAACAAUUUGGUAACGAAGAGCGCCUGUUUCAUAUAACAUUGCAAACGAAAGAUUAUGAACUUAAUGAAAACUGCCAUCUAACAAAUCAAAGUGUUCCAGUAUUUUCACCCAGUUGUUACAGAAACCUCUGCAGUUUUACAUUGCCAGAAAAACCAAGCACUUUUUGUGUACCUGACAAAGCCACAACUGAGACAAUAUUUAAAUAUAAAACCAUUCAAAUGAAUGUAGAUUCAGUCUAUGUAGGUCAUGUUGAGUAUGUGUUAAAUCCAUCCAAUUUCUGUAUAAGAACUGAUGAAUUACAGAACGAGUUUUCAGUCAUGAUGGAAAAAAUUGCAAAAAUCUAUAAUCCAUGUGGACGAACUGAAAGAGUUAUUAAAGAUCCUAAACCAGGGGACCUUUGCUGUGCACUAUACAAUAAGGACAGACAUUAUUAUAGAGCUGUUGUCACUGAUGUUCUUGACUUAAAAUUUGCCGUCUACUUUUUAGAUUCUGGAAAUACAGAGACAGUUCCUUUUUAUGAUGUUAAAAUUUUACUGCCGGAAUUUGAAGUUUUGCCGGCUUUGGCUAUGUGCUGCUCUUUGGCUUAUGUUUAUCCUCUGCAAGAUGUGUGGGUAAUGCAUGCCAAUGAUUUUUUCAAACAAAAACUUUCUGGUAAAGCUCUUCUUUUUCAUGUUCUUGCAAAGCAGAAACACAAAUACUUUGUUGACGUGCAAUAUCUGGAAAACUCUGAAAACUCAAAUAUUGUUACAAUGAUGGUAGAGGCUGGAUAUGCAGAAUAUUGGAAAGUAAACUUAAAUCCAAGUCCUGUGGUUACAAAGAGUUGCCCAACAGGAAAAAGUCAAAAUUUAAAAGUUUUUAAACAAAAUGAAACUAAAGUAACCAUAGCAAAGCAUGUCUCAAGAAAUUACCUUAAGCAGGAUGAAAAAUCCAAAUUUUCAUCAAUUUCUUACCAGUCCCCCCAAACUGAAAUUUUGCCUAUUACUUUUAAAGAAUAUUUAUUUAAUCCAGGAUCUGUGGUGGAUGUCAAAUGUUCUCAUGUGAACUCCCCAAAAGAUUUCUGGUGCCAGCUGCUCACACAAACUUCAGAAUUAGAACAUUUAAUGAAAGACAUUCAGAGUUAUUAUUCGCGUUGUAAUGACAUCUACAAACAUGGGCAAAAAGCUUGCAUUGUCAAGUGUGCGAGCACUGGAACAUUUUAUAGAGCAGCGGUGCACAAUGUUGCAGAAAAGGAAGUGGAUGUGAUUUUAGUGGACUAUGGAUAUACUAAAAGAGCUUUCAUUUCAGAUCUUCGAGAAAUAAAGCCCCAAUUUAUAACUUUAAAGGGUCAGGCAUUUCGUUGUUGUCUGAACAGCUUUAUUACUCCUGUAAAGCCUCAUCUUAGGUUGACAUCUGAGGCAUGUAGAGAUUUUAUAGACUUUGUCAAUUCUUCUGUCACUGAGAAUUUGAAGUGCACAGUCCAUGCCCUGUUUAGCAUCGGUUCUACAAACCUUUUUAAUGCUGUCAGUUUGGAAACUCGUUUUACGAGAAGCCAGUUUCUGCUUGAAAAAGGACAUGCCACUUUAUCACAUUCCUCAGUUCCAUUCAUUACUCUAUGUAGCUUUUGUUACUCUGACUUCAACAUUAGAGUUGGAAGUUUAGAACUGGUGUAUAUUACACACAUUUACAGAACUGGCAAGUUUUAUUGUCAACUUGCAAGAAAUACUGAAGCAAUUGAAGCACUAAUGAAAAAAGUUUCAGAAAUUGGUGAACAAAAUAUACAAACAGAUUGUACAAGAGAAAACAAACUGUGCAUUGUAAAGUAUUAUGAAGAUGGCAACUUCUACAGAGCAUUGGCACACCCUAUAGAGUCUUCCUCGUUGUUCUCUGCAUUUUUUGUGGAUUUUGGAAACAGUCAGAUGGUAACAAAAAAGGACCUGCUACCCAUACCAGACACAGCUGUAGAUCUUUUGCGUGAACCGAUGCAAGCUAUCCAGUUUUAUCUUGCUGGUUUAAAAAAUGCUGUUCUCACAGAAGAAGUAAAACAAUGGUUAGAUGAAAAUUGUUUGGGCAAGCCGUUGAAUGCUGUUGUAUCGGACAGAGACUGUGACAACCAACUUGUUGUAAAGCUGUACAAAGAAAAACUUCAAAUAAAUCAGAAGGUUAAAGAACUUCUAGGCUACCCUCCUUCUGGGAAUACUAAGGUGCUUUCUCCACAAUUAGGAAAUGGGAGAAAUCACACAAUAGAAGAAGGUACAUCAAAAAAACAAACAGAACAAAUGACUUCACAAGAGCUAAAAAGAGAAACCCUAUCACAAAUAGAUGAAAUACCUACUGCCAGAUUGGUUUUUGAGAACUUAUCAGUGAACCAAAUACAACAUAAUACUGCACAAAAUCCAGUACACCAAAAAGAUAAAGUUGCUUUGACUUUAUUGAAUAAUGUAUUAACAAUACAUGGAAACUGUUUUAAUUGUAGUGAUCUACCAACUUGUCCUAUUGAGCCGUUGUCUAAAGCUGUUGGAUACAUUUCCCACAUAAACAGUCCUUCGAGCUUUUACAUACAACUCUCAAAAAAUGAAAACGCAAUAGUUCAUCUUGCAGAACAACUUAAUAAACAACAAAUGUCGUUUCAAGCUCUUUCUGCCACAGAUUGUAAAAAGGGCAUGCUAGUAGCUGCUGAAUAUCCAGAUGACCUUUCUUUUUACAGAGCCGAAAUUCUAGAAGUUAGACAAGAUAAAUCUUUUGAAGUGGCAUUUAUUGAUUAUGGUAACACUGCAAAUUUGUCUUCCUUAUUUUUGCUUCCAGAUACAUUUUUAUCUGUUCCAAAAUUAAGUAUCUCUGCUUCUCUUAGUGGUAUUGAAGCAUUAACAUCUAGUAAGGAAUGGAGUCAAGAAGUAAUCUCUUACUUUUCUCAAAAAGUUAAUGGAAAAUCGCUUUAUUGUACAUUUUUAGAAAAGAAUGGAAUGCAUUGGAAAGUCAGUCUAAUAUGUAGCAAUGAAUUGGUAGCAGAUGAUCUAAUUAAACAUUUUCCAACACAUCCUUCGAGUUCAAAGUUAAUUGAUGUGCAAAACCAUAUUCCUGAAUUGUGCAUUAUAAUUGGUGAGGCAAAAAAUAAAAUUACUAAUGAAAAUGAGACCAGAGAAAUCCAAGAUCAGUACUUGAAACCUGGUCAGAUUGAAAAAGUGAAAAAUAUUUACUUUGCAGACUGUGGGAGAUUCUUUGUUAAUUUAGGUGGAUGUUCACUGGAAUCUAACUUAAUGACUUUAAUUGCUGAUGCUGUCAAGAAGACUAAUAACAGUCUAGCAGUCAAAAACAUUACUAAGGGAAUUAUGUGUUUGGCAAAAUCUGAAAAAAUGAAUAUGUGGUUGCGUGCAUCAGUACAGGAUAUCUUUCCAAAAACAUUGAAGAUGUUGGUCUUCUAUGUUGACCAUGGUGCACAUGAGGUAAUAAAUAUGCAUAAUGCUAAAGUGCUAUCAAGCAAGUUGUUACAGAUUCCAAAGCAAGCAAUUGCUUGUCGAUGGGCAUGGAAUGAGAAGAUUGAGUCACAGUUCCAAAAAGUAUUAUCAUCACUCAUGGAAAAGGAUGUACAAAUCUUGUUUCUAAAAUUCUUGAAAGCCUGUCAAACAUGGAAAGUAGAGGUGCUAGUAAAUGGGUCACUGUUGAUGGAGUAUUUUAAUGCCACAAAAAGCCAAGCUGAAAACACUGAAAAGAAUCACGUACCAAGUUCUUCUUCUGGUGUGUUUUAUAUUCCUGAAACCACUCUGGAACGUGGCAUUACAUACAGUGGCUUUGUAACAGCAGUUUAUGAGCCUUCUGAUUUCUAUUUUCAGUUAGAGGAUUCUGUGGAUUUAAUGAGUAAAUUACUAAUACUGCUCCAUAAAAUCUCAGAUUAUAUUUUGCCUUUACCUUGUGAUUUAUUGAAGCCUGGUGUAGCUUGCCUAUUGAAGUGCUUUGCUGGCAACACAUGGUGUAGAUCAAAAAUUAUAAAAAUAGAAAAUAAUUCAAUCCUGCUUAAUCUUGUAGAUUAUGGCGUGUUUAAAAAUAUUCCAUUUUCAGAUGUAGCCAAGUUAAAAUGUAUUCCCGAAAGUCUUGCCUGUUUGCCAUCUUUAACCUAUCGCUGUAUGUUACAUGGAGUCAAACCCUGUGCUGGAUCGAAGUGGUCUAAAGAUGCAAUAACCUUCUUCACUGACUUUGUAAAGGAACAUUUCUCAUUGUUUUUUCAGUGUGCUAAAAAUAAAUCCAGUAGCAAAUUGGAAGUGAAUAUUUAUGGCCAAGGAAGUUUAUCUAAAUGUCUUGUUUCUAUGGGAUUUGCGGAGUUCACAGAAACAGGGACAACAUUGAAGUCUGAUUCAGGAAAUAUGCCUAAUGGGCUCCUAAAAUCUAACACAACAGUUAACCUGUAUUUACAGAAUUUAAAUGACGAGCAUCAAGACUACAAUUGUAGUGUUACAUUAAGUUCAUGUGCACAAAAGAACAGCAAAGAAUUCCAAUUGCCUCAACAAAAGCAGGAAGCCUUCUUAGACCACACUUAAAAACUGAACUUAGGAAUCUGCUUUCUGCAGUGCAUGCACUGUCCUCAAGGAACAUCUCCAUUGCCAAACUUUGGUUUAGCUGCAUCUUGAAUGUACAAAGAGCACUUUUGUAUUCAAAAUAAGUUUUCUAGAGACCAAUUUGUGCUUUAUUAAAAGAUAUUUUUAUAUUUUUUUUUGGUUAUUUGCUUUUGAUCUGCUGCAAUGCUAAAAGUAAAAUACACCGUAUUAAGUAGAGUUCUUUUUGUGCAUUAUGCGAGCUUUCCAUUUGUACAGCGAGUACAUUCUAGAUACGUGGAUUUUAUUUGUAUGUAUUUCUUGCAGGUAACAAGAAAUAUUUUCCUUAUCUAGGUUACUCGACUGAUUUCUAGUAAUUUGUGAAAAAAGUGUUCUGUAGCUCUUAGAAAUAGUUGGAGUGUAUUCCUAUUUUGUUUGCAAUGUUUAUUUUGUGUGGGGAGCAAAACUUUGGUUUAUUUUUUAAGCUCAGCUGGAUAAAAACGUGAGCAGGAUUCAAGCCCAUUUAAGUAUCAUACCACACAAGCUCAAGUGACAGAAACUGCUUUUCCACUAAGCCUGGUCUGAUUUUCUGGAGGGGGUAAAUAUAAUUUGGCCAGGGUAGCAUAUGGGCAUUUCUGCUGUAAGAUCAAUGCAGUGCCUUCUAGAAAUACACUUUACUAUGCAUUCAAUGAAUGUGUCACUCUCCUUUUAAAGGAGAAUCACACCGUUAAUAAAGAAAAACCCCUACCCCCCUACCCUACACAGACCCCCUCCCUCCCAGCCUUGCUGCUCCCCCCCCCGGGCAAAUGCCCCUAAGUCUUUACUUACCCCUUUGUGCAGAUUCUGUCCAGCGGAGUUCAUGGGAGCCAUCUUCUUCUCUUCGUUAAUCUUCCGAACGAGACCAGCGAAGAGGUGCAUGCGCAGUUGGAGCAAUUUUCUGCUUCGCGACAAUUGUGCAUG